UUUCUCUAAUUCAUAAAGUUACCUAUCUUUGAAAACAACGCCAGUUUUCUGCGGAGAAAUGGUUACUGCAACCAGCAAGAGGAAUGAAAGAGCUCUUCUUCUCUAUCUCUCUCUCUUUCUUAUCUUCAUCUUCCAUUUUUGCACUGCAAUCAACACCAUAACCCCAACCCAAUUCAUCAAAGAAGGACAAAGCCUCAUUUCGACUGGUGAGAUCUACCAACUCGGCUUCUUUAGCCCUCCCAAUUCCAAGAACCGCUACGUUGGAACAUGGUUCCACAACGUCCCGACACAAACUGUCGUUUGGGUGGCGAACCGAGAAAACCCACUUACGGAUUCAUCUGGAGUUUUCAGAAUCAACGGUGACGGAAACCUCGCUGUUGUAGAUGGAAGAGGAAACAUUCUUUGGUCUUCGAAUUCUUCCACUGCAGUGAAAAAUUCAACCGCGACGAUUCUUGAUACCGGUAAUCUUGUUCUGAGAGAAAGAAAUUCGAGUAGCAGCAAUGGAGUUGUGAUAUGGGAGAGCUUCAAAGAUCUCUCCGACUCGUUCUUACCUACGAUGGAGUUGUAUGUUAAUCUCAAGACAGGCGAGAGAAAUGUUCUAACUUCAUGGAAGAGCAGCAACGAUCCUGCAGUAGGGAAUUUCACUUUCGGCAUCGACGGACAUGAGAUCCCACAACUUCUUGUAUGGAAUGGUAAGAAUCGAUACUGGCGAAGCGGGCAAUGGAAUGGAAAGAUAUUCACGGGAAGGCCUUUAAUGUAUGAUAACUACUUAAACGGGCCUAGGGUAGUUAAUAUCCAGGAAGGGAUGAUAUACUACACACAUGCGUACUUUAGUAAAGGAUAUUCAAGAUUGUGGUUGGAAUGGGAUGGCAUGUUUACACAGAAGAAUUGGGAUGAAAAUAGAAAGGAAUGGUUUGUGCCAUGGGGAGAUCCUCGGACCCAAUGCGACGUCUAUGGCACGUGUGGCCCGUUCGGGGUCUGUAGGGAGUUCGGUUCGCAGAUGUGUAGCUGUUUGAGAGGGUUCGAACCGAAGUCGAUCGAUGAAUGGAAUAAGGGGAAUUGGUCAGGUGGGUGCGUUAGAAGGACACAACUGAAUUGUAGCAGUGAUGGAUUUUUUAAACUAGAAAGGAUGAAAAUGCCUGAUUUUUCAGACUGGAUGCGACUCUUGAAUGCCAAGGAGUGUGAAGAUGGGUGCCUGAAGAACUGUUCUUGUGUGGCCUAUGCUCACGUUAGUGGGAUUGGGUGUAUGGUUUGGGGUGGAGAUUUGAUGGAUAUUCAAGAGUUCCCUUCCGGGGGUGAGGAUCUUAACAUCCGUUUAGCGAUUUCUGAACUCCGUGAAAAGGGAGAUUCUAAAUUAAUUAUCAGGAGAACCUUGGUUGCUUUGGCAAUAACAAUCCUGGGUUUCUGCACCUGCAUUUUGGGUUGGUGGUUGGUCAAACAAAGAGGAAAGAAGACCAGAAUGCAGGAAAUGACACUAUUCGAAGCGAGCUCAAGGGUAAUAGAGGGCUCUAGAAGUUCUUCGGAAGCCAAUACACUGAGAAAUGGUAUAAAGCAAGUAAACGGCCUGGAAUUGCCGAUAUUCGAGUUCAGGACAAUAGCAUAUGCAACGAACAGCUUCUCUAAUGCCAAUAAGAUUGGAGAAGGUGGUUUUGGUCCCGUUUAUAAGGGCAUGCUGCCAGAGGGACAGGAAGUAGCAGUGAAAAGGCUAUCCAAGAGCUCUGGACAAGGCUUACAGGAAUUCAAGAAUGAGGUUAUCCUAAUCUCCAAACUUCAACACAGGAAUCUUGUUAAGCUAUUGGGGUGUUGCAUUGAAGGAGAAGAGAAGCUGCUGGUGUACGAGUACAUGCCAAACAAGGGAUUGGAUUCCUUCCUCUUUGAUCCCAACCAAAAAGCAGUACUAGAUUGGGGGAGACGCUUCCACAUUGUCGAAGGGAUCGCUCGUGGGCUUCUUUACCUUCACCGAGACUCCCGAUUGAAGAUAAUUCAUCGGGAUCUAAAAGCCAGUAACAUUCUUUUGGAUGGAAGCUUGAAUCCGAAAAUAUCAGACUUCGGAACGGCAAGGAUUUUUGGAGGAGAUCAGAUUCUAGCAAGAACAAACAGGGUUGUUGGGACAUAUGGAUAUAUGUCACCUGAGUAUGCCAUGCAAGGACGGUUUUCAGAGAAAUCCGAUGUCUUCAGCUUCGGGAUCUUGUUGUUAGAGAUUGUGAGCGGUAUGAGGAACAUGGGCUUCUAUCCUCGGACAGGGUCUUUGAGCUUGUCGGAUUACGCUUGGCGGUUGUGGAACGAAGACACGAUGUUGGAGAUGAUCGAUCCUGUUCUGGGAGGCUCUGUCUCAAAAUCGGAAGUGCUGAGAUGUGUCCAUGUGGGGCUUUUGUGUGUGCAAGAAUUCGAGGCAGACAGGCCCACCAUGGCAUCAGUGGUGUUCAUGCUUGGCAGUGAAAUUGUCACUCUUCCAACACCCAAACCGCCUGCAUUUACCAUAAGUAGAAAUUCUGCAAAAUCAGAUUCGGCACAGAACCAUGGAAUUUUCACAGUAAAUGAAGUCACCAUGACAACAAUUCAUGGCCGCUGACACAAAGACAAGAUGGAUAAUCACUCCACAACCACCAAUGUGGCUCGAUCCAUAUUUAGCCCGACCAUUAGACAGGCCACACGCCUGUAGCAGAAAAUGGGUGGUAAUAAGAUAUUGACCACAGUUCGUUCGAUGCAGGCAUGUGGGGUCUUGCUGAUGAACAACCUUUUAUCUCAGUGGAUGUCUACUCUUGCCAGUAGCUAUAUCCUGCUCAAGACAUACCCGCUAUCGUGACUGCAUAUACUCAUUUCCACCACUGAAUCCUGCUAAUGUGUUAGAGAGUGUGCUGGUGUAUAUAUUAUAUCGUAUUUGGAGCUCCUUCAGAACACCUUAUAUUUUCUUUUUAGAGUUUUUUUUUUUUUAAUAAGAUUAGAGACAAUCAUGUAAACUAGUGGUAUUGAGCUCGUGGAAAGAGAAAAUUUAGGGCUACAGCCUUGACUUUUGUUUAAAACAAAAAACUCAGGGGCUUUUUGCAGAUGAGAUCUAGACUGUACUUCCAUCGCUGCAUUUUCA